AUGAGACACGGCAAAUACUACAUCGAAGUCUCUGUUGAAUCCAAAGGAUCUGUAGGGGUUGGCUUUACCAAGAAGAAUUUGAUCCAUUCGAACACUAUUGAAGGAAAUGAGCAAACUGUAAUAUAUUAUAGUAAUGGGAAAAUCGGUAAAGCUGACAGCGAGAGCUAUAGGAUUUUCCCCUAUACAGCCUUGUAAGGGUUGUGGAUUCUAUCCGGAAUCCUUUGGUUGGCGGAAACAACUCAGUCCGUUGGACGGACCAACUAACUUGUUGGUUCCACCAACCAAGGAUUCCGGACAGAAUCCAUAACCCUUACAGGGCUAUAUAGGUGAAAACCCUAUAUAACCAAAACGACGUCAUUGGGAGCUAUAUCGAUUUUGAUAAAAACGAAAUUGCCUUCUAUAAGAAUUACAAAUUUUUAGACACUGUCCAAGUAGCUCUUAAUAUCGAAGACUCUGAAGACUGCUUCAAAUUUAUUGCUGUCUUAUCAGAAGAAAAUCAAAAUUUAUCAAUCUGUAAUACAGGAAAAUACCCUGCCGAUGUUGAUCUUAUGAAAAUUGACUCUGAAGAAGAAACUGAAUUCUGGGGCUAUAAGUUCACCUUAACACCUAUUUUCAAAGGAAGAAGCACCAAACUCAUUGAUUCCUAUUUGAGCUUUGCAUCAGCUAGCGACAGAGAAAAUUGGAGAGAAAACUACAAGCCUACCUAUUCCAAAUUUUUUAAAGAUGGCAUAGCACGGCAGCUUAGUGAAUUUAUGGGUGGAUACAUGAUUGAAAAUUGUUUUAGAAUGCAUCAUUUCGAUGAGGUCGAAGAGUAUUUGAGUAUUCUUCCAGAGUGGUUAAUUUAUUAUCCAGACUUACAAAAAUUAUCAGAGGCAGAGCUGCUUAAUUUGAACGAAAUUCUCCUUGACUUCGGCUUAAGAUUCCAAAAAUACUUCUAUCUGUUCGAUUUGCACACUGAAGCAGACGAACCAGAAAACUCUCUCAUGAAGUCUAUUAAGAAGGCCAAGUAUUAUUUAUUUUCAGAACUCAAACUAGAAUUAUUUUUUAAUCAGAGUCUUUGAAAUUAUCAAACUAACUGCAGAAUUGGCAUUAUUAUCGAUAAAGUUAAAGCACAAGAAAUAAAAGCUAAAGGGGAUGCAGAUCAUUCUGCAACUGCUUCAAUGUUUGGUCAAAUAAGCAGAGCUUUGAUAGCAGCACCAAAUAAAGCUCUUAGACAUGAUAAAAUAAUGUUCAAAUUUGCCUACAAACCAGAAGGAAUCCAAGAUAAUGUCUGAAUGUAUAAUGAAUUAUUGAGGAAAAUUUCUAAAGAGCUUCAAUCUCAAUUACUUCCACUAUUAAUCCCAUCUCAAAAUAAUGUCCUUAACGUAGGAAAUGGAAGAGAUAAUUGAAUGAUCAAUCCAACCUCCACUCUCUCAAGUCAUAUGCACCUAUUCAACACUCUUGGAAAAUUCUUCAGUUCUGCAAUCCGUACUUAUCAGCAAAAGCUGAGACUUUCACUCCCUGUUAUUGUAUUUAAGCAUCUUCUAUACGAAGACGUCACAACCGAAGAUUUAAGAGACUUUGACUUCCCAAUCUACAAGUUUUUGCAUAAAUUAAGGAACCUUGAAGCCUAUGGAAUUACUGCGGAAAACUUCGGCCAGCAUAUUUCUGAGAAGUUCAUAGUGAAAUAUGGUGAAGAAGUUGUGGAGCUUUGUGAAGACGGAGCUAAUAUUGAAGUUACUUUUGAAAAUGUUGGCCACUAUGCUGAUCUAUUAGAGAAGCACAAAUUAUUUGAAAAUCCUAAAGCUUACGAUUCUAUAAGGAAAGGUAUGGCUGCUGUUGUUCCUAUUGAUAAAUUGAACCUAUUCACAGCUGCUCAACUACGUGAACUCAUAGGCCUGAAUCAAGAAGUCAAAUUAGAAGUCUUAGAAGAAAACACCGUUUAUGAAAAUUGUAGAAGAACAGAUCCGCACAUUGAAAACUUCUGGGAAGCAAUUAAAUCAUUAAAAGAAAGUGAGCGUGCCAGAUUUAUUGACUAUAUUGCUAGAAGGUCUAAGCUUAUUGAGUGGGAUUGGCCUCUUAAAUUUACAAUAGCCAAGCACAGUAAAUCCGGGGCAGAGAAUGCAUUGGUUCCUAUUGUCGACAAUGCUACAUUCAGACUUGAGCUACCAGCUUAUACAUCUCCAGAAAUCAUGAAAGAGAAGAUCAUAUUUGCGAUUGCCCACAAUAACAAGUUUGAUUCUUUAGAUAUUAAUACUUAA